AUGGCUCCUAGGAUCGGAGAGACACCCGCAGAAGCGACAGCAGCAGCAGCGGGACCGGAAGGAGUGUUGUUAGUGGCACCGAAUGCAGGUGCGGGGAGUGGUGCUAAGGAGGAUGGAAGGGAGGAGGAGGAGGAGGUGGAGGAGGAGGAGGAGUGGAGAGUGGACGAAAAGGAUCAUGACCACGCAGGCAAGCCACGGGACCACCACCACGCGCCUGCCACGUCAGUGGGAGGUACUGGAGGCGGGCAAUCAGCUGCUCCUGCUGUGGGUCCACCUGGAUUUUCAUUCCCUGCCUCCGCUGCCACGUCAUCUGCAUCUGCUGGAGUGCAUCCAUCCUCCCCCAACGUCCACCCGCCUUCGCCUCUAACCCUGCAGCAAGCCUCUGUUGCCUCUGAGCCGACCGCAGCAGGAGCCAUGCAAGCAGCCGGCAGUGCAGAGCCGGUGCCAUCGAGACCCCAUUCCGUCGCCACCCAGUCACCUGUGCCACCACUGCCACCUGUAGCUUCUGCUGCUGAGGCUGCUGUUGGCAGCAGCAUGAGUGGAGAGGUCGCAACAGUAAGGGGCGCAACUGUUGGUAUUGGGGCGGUGGGGGGUGGCACAGCAGCAAUAGGAAGCGGGGCCCAGCAGGCCCAUCAGGCACAGCAGCGGCACCAGGAGGAGGUGCAGAGAAUGGUGGCGGCAAAGCGGGCGGCGGUGCAGAGAGCAAGGCAGAUGGGCGCCACAGGGCUGUAA